AUGGCAACAAUCUAUAUCAUAUUCGGCCUAUUGGCUCUGUUCAUGGUCGCUCAGGCCUAUUUCACGGACCGCUCACCCAUCCCCGAGACAUCAGGCAAAGUUUACAAGAUUGCCGAGCCAGCUGAACUAGAAGCCGUUCUCAAAUCACACACUCAAGUCGUGGUAGACUUCUACGCAGACUGGUGUCCGCCCUGCCGUGCCAUUGCACCCGUGUUCUCAAACCUGGCUGACACCCACGCGUCCAAGGGUCAUCUUGCUUUCGCAAAGGUCAACACUGACCAUGUCAAGGAAGUUGCAGUCAAGUAUGGCAUUUCAGCCAUGCCUACGUUUGUGUUCUUCUCGGGAGGUGUGCCUAAGGGUGUGGCUGUUGAGGGACUGCAGAGUAGCAGGUCUGUUAAUCUCACGCAGGAUGGAUUAGUCGAUAGGGUGCGGGGCGCAGAUCGAAAGGCGCUGGAAGCUGUUGUUAAGGCUUUGGCUAGUAAGGAGUAA